CAUUGACCUUUCUUAGCGCAUAGUAAAUCGUCCGUGUGCUUGAAAGCGCGUGGGAAGGGGCACAGCUCACCUUCACCUUGAUGCGUCUGACCGACCUCAUUCAUGGUUAGUUCGUGUAAAGCAGAAGGAGUUUCGGUUAUUUAAACGCCCCCAGCCUCUCCCACAUUUCUGUGUUCUUUUCCUCAGCAAAUUUCACACAAGAGCAGCCAGCAGCAGCUAAAAGACGAUGGUGAAGAUCUGCUGCAUUGGAGCCGGCUACGUCGGCGGCCCGACGAUGGCGGUCAUCGCGCUGAAAUGCCCCGAGAUCGAGGUCGUGGUGGUCGACAUCUCCGUCGCCAGGAUCACCGCCUGGAACAGCGAGACGCUCCCGAUCUACGAGCCCGGCUCGACGACGUCGUCAAGCAGUGCCGGGGCGCCCAACCUGUUCUUCAGCACCGACGUCGAGAAGCACGUCGCCGAGGGCGACAUCAUCUUCGUCUCCGUCAAACCCUACCAAGACCGCGGCCUCGGCGCCGGAAAGGCCGCCGACCUCACCUACUGGGAGUCCGCUGCGAGGAUGAUCGCCGACGUGGCGAAAUCCGACAAGAUCGUCGUCGAGAAGUCCACCGUCCCCGUUAAGACGGCCGAAGCUAUCGAGAAGAUCCUGACGCACAACAGCAAGGGGAUCAACUUCCAGAUCCUGUCCAACCCCGAGUUCCUCGCGGAGGGAACGGCUUCGAGGGACCUCUUCAAGCCCGAACCGCUCUUGAUCGGAGGCCGGGAUACGCCGGGGGGGCGCAAGGCCGUCCAGGCCCUGAAGGACGUGUACGCCAACUGGGUGCCCGAGGAUCGCAUCCUGACGACCAACCUGUGGUCGGCCGAGCUGUCGAAGCUCGCAGCCAACGCGUUCCUGGCCCAGAGGAUCUCGUCGGUGAACGCCAUUUCAGCGCUCUGCGAGGCCACCGGCGCGGACGUUGCUGAGGUGGCGUACUCCGUCGGGAAAGACAGCAGGAUCGGACCCAAGUUCUUGAAUGCCAGCGUGGGGUUCGGCGGCUCCUGCUUCCAGAAGGACAUACUGAACCUGGUCUACAUCUGCGAGUGCAAUGGAUUGCCAGAGGUGGCCAACUACUGGAAACAGGUUAUCAAGAUUAACGACUACCAGAAAUCCCGGUUCGUGAACCGGGUUGUUUCCUCCAUGUUCAACACCGUCUCCGGCAAGAAGAUCGCGGUGCUAGGGUUCGCCUUCAAGAAGGACACGGGUGAUACCCGUGAGACCCCUGCCAUCGACGUGUGCAAGGGUUUGUUGGGAGACAAGGCAACGAUCAGCAUCUACGAUCCUCAGGUGACCGAGGAUCAGAUCCAGAGGGAUCUCGCGAUGAACAAGUUCGACUGGGACCACCCGAUUCACCUGCAGCCGAUGAGCCCGACCGCGGUGAAGCAAGUGAGCGUGACCUGGGAUGCUUACGAGGCUACAAAAGGAGCUCAUGGGAUCUGCAUUCUCACCGAAUGGGAUGAGUUCAAGGGUUUGGACUACAAGAAGAUUUAUGAGAGCAUGCAGAAACCCGCAUUCAUUUUUGAUGGGCGCAACGUGGUUGAUGUUGAGAAAAUGAGGGAGAUCGGGUUCAUUGUUUACUCCAUUGGAAAACCUCUUGAUGCUUGGCUCAAGGAUAUGCCUGCUGUUGCUUGAGGAGGAAGAAGGUUCAGAGAUUGAUGAAGGAGAUUCUUUACAAAUUUGUUGUUUCUAAUGGCUUAUUUUUGCUUUUUUUUUUGUUGGGUUCAUGGCUAAGUAGAGUUGGGUCCUCCGUUAUGUUUUUUUUUCCCCUGUUGCAUUUUAGUUACAUACUUUAUAUCGGAUGUUAUCAGAUAUGUGUUAUAUUCCUUCUAAUGUCGAGUUAUUUUUGUUGUGUUCGUUA